AUGCAACUCGCACCCCGAACGCUGUUGUUCCAGCUGACGCUCGUCUGCAUCACCAUCUUGCCGUGUUCGUUUGUACACGCUGCCAAACAAGGCGAACACUACGCGUCCGAUGCGCAAUGGGACACGAAUGCACCUUCAUCACCGUACGCCAAUAGUGCGCAUACGUCGUACCGCGCACCUGCGUCGCUGCGCUUUGAAGCAUCGGCUCCAUCGCGUGUGAUCUAUAACGACGAAGAUCCGAUCGCUGCUCGGCUGGCGUGGUUGCGCGGUCGAUCGCAGUUGCGCGAACCCGACUCGAGAUUCAAGUACAUCGAGCAGCGCCUCAGCCACCCGGAAGCGGGUGCGGAGGAAGAGAGGGUCGAGAACAGGGAAAGGCCCAUGUUCACGUUCAGCGCUGCAGAAACGUCGACUGACGCCGCGGCGACGCACGAUGGGCUGCCGACCAAAGGUGUACGCGAUAAAGGGAUCGUGGCGGAGCGCGCAUCGGGAAGACGAAGACCGAGGUUCAACGAAGGUGGAUAUCGACAAGGUGACAGUAGAGCGCAAGGUGGCAAUGCGCGUGCUGGUGUAGGCACAGCGAGGAUUGAGGCAAGACCGCAACCGCCGCCACCGCCGCGUGCGUGGCAGCACGAAGCCAUGUCGCAACACAAUGGCUGGAGAGAUCCAUCGUUUAGCGACAUGCCCGACCGCCACGAUGCAUCGAGCCUGUUCCGACAACACAGUCCUACGUGGUUGGCGCUGGAAGAGGUCGCGUCUCAGUUGGAAGCAGUUCGGUUGGCGCAGCAAGCUCGGGUACGGGGUUCUACGCAGUAUGCACCGCACGUGGUGUUGUCAGACGAAUACAACGUGGCGCACCACCACCGCGGUUCGUCACCAGGCUCACCCGUUUCACCGUACGCUGGUGCAUGGGAGGAAUUUGGUGCAUCGACGCCACGCGUACCAUCCGGAGCGCUCCAAGUGGCGCCGUACCGAAUGUGGAGUGUGAAAGCAGCGUUGCCGCACAUCAAUAUCCAUCUCUCGCAACUCUCGGACAUGCCUGUGUCUCACGGGCACUGGCAAGGUACGCUGGAUGCGCUGCGAAAGCACGAGUGGACUGACCAGCUGGCAGCACGUGUUCAGUGGGCGGCGGACCACCGCAUUGAAUCGUCGCGGCCGGCACGCGUCGUGACACCGUUUGGCGGCGUGAUUGGUGGGCAGAUCGAGACGGGUGCUUCGGCGCACUUUGUAUGGGAUGCAGCUGAUCCGCCGCCGAGGCUGGACAGUGUGAUGCUCACCAAUACGCAGAGACGCAUCCAUGCGUGGCGCGAACUAGCGCGACUCGUCCCACCCGCCCUCACCGCACACUCGGAAGACGUCUACGCGGCUCACGCUAACACCGACUAUGCGCAAGUCGACAAAGAUCUCCACGACGCAGUGCAUCCGAUCCAAUACAUCAGCCAGAUGCUGCGCGAUAAAAACGCAGCCAUCAUCCUCGAAAAUGCGAUCCACGAUGAGCUCCACCAAGACGUGCGCCUCACGCCUCCCGAGGCUAUCACACACCUCCAGAAAAUCCGUCACUACAACGGCGCCAAACGAGACGCCACCUUGGAGCAAUUGUUGAACACGAGAUACGCGACGCACAACCGUUUCUGGUACCCCUACUACCAUAGUAAGCCCGCGUUCCACAUCAUCAACCCGCUAGAAACACCGCUAGAUCGCUUCGCCGCUUUCGCUCCUUGGGCCGACGCGGUGGCACUCAAAAAGGUCUAG